AAGUGACGUAAGAUAGGAGCGAAGCACUUCCUGUGUAGGCAGUCGGUGCAGAAGCUGGCGGAGGUGGAGCGGCUGAGGUGAUUAGCGCCGCCUACCACCGGGACCUUGGGACAGAGCUUCGCCCCGGUUAGACUACUACAUCACCAGAUGGGUGCCGGCCACCAGCCCUACGUCCUGCUGUGAGGGGAUCAUGCACGGGAUUUUGUAGCUUUAGUUUUGACCCCUGAUGGUAUAAUGUCUGUAGAUAUGAACAGUCAAGGAUCAGACAGCAAUGAAGACUACGACCCUAAUUGUGAGGAGGAGGAUGAAGAGGAAGAUGACGACCCUGGAGACAUAGAGGACUACUAUGAGGGAGUUGCUAAUGACGUGGAGCAGCAGGGGGCUGACUCUUUUGACCCUGAGGAAUAUCAGUUUACCUGCCUCACCUACAGGGAAUCUGAGGGUGCACUCAAUGAGCAGAUGGCUAGCCUGGCGGCUCUGCUAAAGGUAUCCCAUUCAGUGGCGAAACUCAUCUUGGUUCACUUUCAUUGGCAAGUCUCCGAGAUCUUAGAACGGCAUAAACUGAAUUCUGUCCAGUUGUUAGUCGACGCCAGGGUUCAGCCUCUAGCGUCUAAACAUGUUGUGGCACAUUCCUCCCAUCACUGCGCAGUCUGCAUGCAGUUUGUCCGGAAGGAGAACCUGCUGUACCUCGCCUGUCAGCAUCAGUUUUGCCGCAGCUGUUGGGAGCAGCACUGCAUAGUCCUAGUGAAAGAUGGAGUCGGCGUCGGUAUCUCCUGCAUGGCCCAGGAAUGCCUGCUCCGAACACCAGAAGACUUUGUUUUUCCUUUACUGCCGAACGAUGAACUGAAGGACAAAUACAAGCGAUACCUUUUCAGGGAUUAUGUAGAGAGCCACUAUCAGCUACAGCUCUGCCCCGGUGCGGACUGCCCAAUGGUCAUACAGGUUCAGGAGCCAAAGGCUCGUCGAGUGCAGUGCAAUAGGUGCAGCGAGGUCUUCUGCUUCCGGUGCCGCCAAAUGUACCAUGCUCCCACAGACUGCGCCACUAUCCGGAAGUGGCUGACGAAAUGUGCAGACGACUCUGAAACGGCAAACUACAUCAGUGCUCACACUAAAGAUUGUCCCAAGUGCAAUAUCUGUAUUGAAAAGAAUGGAGGUUGCAACCACAUGCAAUGUUCGAAGUGCAAGCAUGACUUCUGCUGGAUGUGCCUUGGUGACUGGAAAACACAUGGUAGCGAAUAUUACGAGUGCAGCCGAUAUAAAGAGAACCCCGAUAUCGUAAACCAGAGUCAGCAGGCUCAGGCACGAGAGGCCCUCAAGAAAUACCUCUUCUACUUUGAGAGGUGGGAAAAUCAUAAUAAGAGCCUGCAGUUGGAAGCUCAAACCUACCAGCAAAUUCAGGAGAAGAUCCAGGAACGGGUAAUGAACAACCUUGGCACCUGGAUUGAUUGGCAGUACCUGCAAAAUGCUGCAAAGCUGCUGGCAAAGUGCCGAUACACUCUGCAAUAUACAUAUCCCUAUGCUUACUACAUGGAGUCCGGCCCGCGUAAGAAGCUGUUUGAGUAUCAGCAGGCCCAGCUAGAGGCCGAGAUUGAGAACCUUUCCUGGAAGGUAGAACGAGCCGACAGCUAUGACAGGGGGGACCUGGAGAAUCAGAUGCAUAUAGCCGAGCAGCGUAGAAGAACUUUGUUAAAGGACUUUCACGACACAUAAACGACCGACGCAUUCUCCCCGGGAAAGUGAGCGCAUGUUAGAGCGUGAGGAGGAACGGAUGCUACAAAGAAACGCGGUAGCUGCGAGAAAUGUGAAGAAAACCAGAGAACCCACUUUUCUUACCCUGCUCAUUGAUUUUGGAACGUGAUCCGUUUGUAUUUUUUCUUCCCCUUUCCGUAUGAUUUUUUUAAAGUCCCGAGCGCCUUCCUUUCCCUGAGUAGAUGCUGUAAGCGGCGCUCUGUUCCAGACACUGCUCUUCUGUUUUUUUUCUUCCCUCCUUCCUUUUUCCCUAUUUAACCCUUCCAGCGCUCCACCAGCCUGCAGAGAAUUGCUCUUGCAGUGAAAGGGUCGAUCUUCAGUUUUUUUUUUUUUCUUCUUCUUCUUUCCUUUGUUCCGGAUGGCAAGUGUUGGAAAAGUAGUUCAAUUUUUUGAAUGGCUGUUAAUAGAGUUAGAUUAUUAUGCAAACUGUCAUUUUGAACUGUUGUAAAAUUAUACAGAAAAAAAAUAGAAUUACAAAAAAAAAAACAAUUUUUAAAAACA